AUGCGCCUUGUGGAUACCACAGUAUUUUUAGGAAUAACAUUAGAUUCUAAAAUACAGUGGGGCCCACAUAUUGAUAGAUUGUCGAGUAGACUUAGCUCUGCAGCAUAUGCCGUAAUGAAGAUACGUAGGUUAACUGACAUAGAUACUGCCAGAUUAAAAAGAGCAAUUCGAGCAAUUUAUAAUCUUAGGAUUAGGGACUCUUUAAGGGAGAAAUUUAAGGAAAUAGACAUUAUGACUGUUGCUUCUCAAUACAUAUACGAGAACUUAAUUUACUCGCUAAAAGGAACCACUACAGGAGAAGACAUUCUUAAUGAAUUUCAAAAGGUAUUUACAAGUUUCGCCUUGCCAUGGUCAAAAUUAGUUGGAGUAUGCACAGAUGGUGCACCUUCCAUGAUCAGCUUACGUCAAGGUUUCAUCGGAAUUUUGAACGAAAAAGCAACUGAAUUGAAUUUACAAAAAGGGCUUAACCUUCGUCAAAUCAAGGCGUUUUUGGAUGAAAUAUCAGACGAAUAUGACGACGUAAUAUUUUAUUCUGAAGUCAGAUGGCUUAUAAAUAAGAAAAAAGACUUUAUGCAAAUAAAAGAUAAACCCCUAUCUGAAUUUGAUUUGGAAUACCCAAAAUGGAAAUGUGGCUUAGCAUACCUGGUUGACCUUACUGGCUAUUUGAACGACUUAAAUUUAAAACUUCAAAAACAAGGACAUUACCAUUUCAUCAUACUCUCUGCGUGUGAGAAUAUUGCUUAUGCUCAAUAUGCUGAAGAACUCAAGGUACUGUCGGAGCAAUUUUCGAACAGAUUUAGCGAUUUCAGAAACAUGGGGGUCUGUUUCAAUUUAUUUGCUACUCCAACAAAAAGUAAUGUACAAAAUGCUCCAAUACACUUGCAAAUGAAAUUGAUCGAGAUUCAAGAAAACUCACUACAAACAUCUAAAUUUGAAGACGUGGAGUUGUUUCUUUUCACUGAUGAAAGUAAUAAUAAUUUGGAACUUUUUUUACGUCUUUGUAUCAGUGGAAUUAAUCCAAAUAUCGAUGGAUUAGUUUCCCAAGUUCAAGCUCAAGUGUCUCAUUGA